AUGACCGCUCCUCUCGCCCUCGGGGGCUGGCGGGGCCUCCGGCGGCUGCUCCCGCUCCUCCUGCUCCUCCUCGCCGCGGCGCUCGCGCCCCCCGCGGCGUCGCAGCCGGCCACCCCGCGGCUGCAGGCGGCGUACGCGGCGCUGCAGUCGUGGAAGCGCACGGCCAUCUUCUCCGACCCCUUCAACUUCACCGCCAACUGGGUGGGCCCCAACGUCUGCGCCUACAACGGCGUCUUCUGCGCGCCGCACCCGGCCGGCGGCGGGCUCGCCGUCGCCGGCAUCGACCUUAACCACGCCGACAUCGCGGGCUACCUCCCCGACGACCUCCCCCGGGGCCUCCCCGACCUCGCGCUGCUCCACCUCAACUCCAACCGCUUCUGCGGCGUCCUCCCGGACACCUUCCUCCACCUUCGCCUCCUCCACGAGCUCGACCUCAGCAACAACCGCUUCGUCGGGCCCUUCCCGGAGGUGCUCCUCACGCUGCCGGCGCUCAGGUACCUCGACCUCAGGUUCAACGACAUCGAGGGGCCCAUCCCGCCGGCGCUCUUCGACCGACCGCUCGACGCCAUCAUCCUCAACAACAACCGCCUCACGCGACCCAUCCCGGCCAACCUCGGCAACUCGCCCGCCUCCGUCGUCGUGCUCGCGCACAACAGGCUAGGCGGAUGCAUCCCGCCCUCGAUCGGGCGGAUGGCCGCCACGCUCAACGAGAUCGUGCUCAUCGACGACGAGCUCAGCGGCUGCAUCCCGCCGCAGGUGGGCCUGCUCAGCCAGGUCACCGUCUUCGACGUCAGCGGCAACCACCUCCAGGGCCCGCUCCCGGGGAGCGUCGCCGGGAUGUCGGCCGUCCAGCAGCUCAACGUGGCGGGCAACCUCCUCAGGGGGCCCGUGCCGCCGGCCGUGUGCGGGCUGCAGAGGACCCUCAGGAACUUCACCUACGAGGACAACUUCUUCAACUCGCGCCCCGGGUGCGCCGCCGCCACGGCGGACGGGAGGUGGAACUGCAUCCCCGGCGCCCCCGCGCAGCGCCCGCCGGCGCAGUGCGCCGCCGCGGGCGUCCCGUUCGACUGCAGCACGGCGCAAUGCCAGGCACCACCGCCGGCGUCCGGCCCUCCUGGUGGCGGCGCGCAACAUGGAGGUAGCAGCGCGCCGCCGUCUCCGCCUGGGUCGGGCUCCGGCAGUCCUUCGCAGCCAGUGCCGCCGCCGGGCUCCAACACGCCGUCAUAUCCGUCGCCGCCAGGGAGCUCCACGACCCCGCCAGGGGGCUCCACCACCCCGUCAUACCCGACGCCGCCAGGUAGCUCCACGUCCCCGCCAGGGGGCUCCACCACGCCGUCCAACCCGCCCCCGCCAGGGAGCUCCACGACGCCGCCAGGUAGCUCCACGUCCCCGCCAGGGAGCUCCACGACGCCAUCGUACCCGUCUCCACCAGGGGGCUCUUCGACGACACCGCCCAGCGGCGGCGGCAGCCCCAACCCGUCAAUGCCGCCUUCAUCCGGGCCAUCCCAUGGUGGCUCGCCUCCGUCCUCCAGCUACCAGCCGCCGUCGUCCGGGUGGUCGCCGUCCGGUCAACCCGUGGGAGCACCACCCACUGAGCACCCCGGUGGCGUCUGGCCGCCGCACUCCCCGUCGGUUCCAGGCGCACCAGGAUCGCCGUCCACGCCGACAACUCCCGGCACACCAGGAUCAACAUACCCGCCGUCAACUCCAGGCGCACCAGGAUCCCCGACGACUCCGGGCACGCCAGGAUCGACAUUCCCGCCUACGACUCCCGGCGCACCAGGAUCGCCGUCCACCCCGACGACGCCCGGCACGCCAGGCUCAACGUUCCCGCCGACGACUCCCGGCGCACCGGGUUCGCCAUCGACACCAGGCUACCACCCUCCGUCCCCAGGAACACCUUCUUCUCCAGGGAACCAGCACUGUCCACCAUCCGCGCCCGGCGGCGGCGGCGGAGGCCUCCCAUUCCCGCCCGUCCACGGCGUAGCAUACUCCUCGCCGCCGCCGCCACCCUCCGACCCCGGGAAGAUGCCGUUCCCGCCGGUCCACGGCGUGGCCUACUCCUCGCCGCCGCCGCCUCUCCCGCCGCUCAACGUCCACGGCGUGUCCUACGCGUCCCCGCCGCCGCCAACGACGCCGUACAAGAACAACAACUAGCCGUAGCAGCCGAGCCGACCGGCCGGUCGCCUCCUCCGCGCCCGGGCGUUCGGCGCACCCCGCCAGAGACAGAGUCGUCGUCAUCAGUACAUCUUGCACUGUAGCUGUUCCUCUCUUUCCCCAUUUCUUCUCCCCUCCUGCUCUUCUUUUUACUGUAGCUUUAAGGUUCUUUCUUUUGAGGUUUGUUCGAUCAGAUUGGAUUCAGAGGCUCUGCGGAUUCUUUGUUCUUUCUCUACUUAGUUCUUUACUACUACAGUAGCUUCCUCACUCCAUGAUCAUCAUGCUCCCUUGUGUACUUAUGCUGUGUCUGUCCA